UUCUUUCUUGUGCCACUGUCAGCCCACGCUACGACGUCUUUUCUUUCGUGGGAGCUGGGACUUUUGGUCUUCGGAGCUCUAGUCAUGGCGGACCAAGAGGAAUCUUUCGGCCUCCAAAACUCUCCUGGUGGCUCGGAUUCAAGGGAAUUACACAGCGACAAUAAAUCAGAGAAACAGAACGGGACCUCAAGCAAAUCUCCAUCUUCACAGACAACUUAUAUUCAACAGGGAAUGGAGGGAAUAAAAGUCUACCUGCACGAGAGGGAACUCUGGAUGAAGUUUCACGAGGUGGGAACGGAGAUGAUCAUUACCAAAGCUGGAAGGCGAAUGUUCCCAAGCUUCAAAGUGAAGGUCACUGGACUAAACCCCAAAACUAAAUACAUUCUCCUGAUGGAUGUUGUGCCUGCCGACGACCAUCGAUAUAAAUUCGCCGAUAAUAAAUGGUCUGUGACCGGGAAGGCCGAGCCCGCCAUGCCCGGGAGGCUCUAUGUUCACCCGGACUCCCCUGCCACCGGCGCGCAUUGGAUGAGGCAGCUUGUCUCUUUUCAGAAGCUGAAACUGACCAACAACCACCUGGACCCCUUCGGACACAUCAUCCUGAACUCGAUGCAUAAGUAUCAACCCAGGAUACACAUCGUCAAAGCAGAUGAAAAUAACGGCUUCGGCUCCAAAAACACGGCCUUCUGCACUCACGUCUUCCCUGAGACAGCCUUCAUUGCUGUCACGUCCUAUCAGAACCAUAAGAUAACCCAGCUGAAGAUUGAGAACAACCCUUUUGCAAAAGGUUUUCGUGGGAGUGAUGAUAUGGAACUGCACCGCAUGUCCAGAAUGCAAAGUACCAAGGAGUAUCCAGUAGUGCCUCGUAGCACAGUCCGCCAGAGAGUGGGCAGCAGCCAGAGCCCAUUCAGCGGGGAAGUCCAGGGCAUGGCCAACCCAAGCACCCUUGCCGCCCAGUACUCCCAGUGUGAGAACGGAGUCACAAGCACCUCGCAGGACCUGCUGCCCCAGUCGGGUUCCUACCCUUUGCCACACGAGCACAGCCAGGACUAUCACUGCAUCAAGAGGAAAGUGGAGGAUGACUGUCACUCCAGUGAGCACAGCUAUAAGAAAGCCUAUCUGGAGAGCUCGUCCAGUGAGGAGGACCAUUACUACCGUCCCGUCAGCUAUCCCCAGACCCUCGGCCUGGCCAGCGGGCCCUACCGGAGUGAGUCAAGCCAGCGGCAAGCUUGUAUGUAUGCCAGUGCCUCCCAAGGUGCUGAGCCCGUUCCCAGUCUGGAGGACAUCAGCUGCAACACCUGGGCCAGUGUUUCACCCUACGGGAGUUGCUCCGUCACUACCAUGCAGCCAAUGGAGCGGCUGCCCUACCAGCACUUCUCAGCUCACUUCACCUCAGGGUCUCUGGUGUCCAGACUGGGUGGCGUGGGAGGCCAUGCCUCUCCACAGCUGGGUGACGGCCACCAUGCCGCCAUGUAUCAGAGCUCCAUGGCACACCAGACUCUGGGCCGCCAGUGCAGUCCUGGAGCAGGGAUCCAGUCGCCCACAGCCGGGCUACAAGGAAAUGAGUACCUCUACACACAUGGUAUCCCGCGUACACUAUCCCCACACCAGUACCAUGCCGUGCAUAGUGUCAGCAUUAUGCCAGAGUGGAAUGAGAAUAACUAAAAGA